AUGGAGUGCUUUCACACAAGAUUCAGUGCCUGGACACCUUUCAGCAACAAGUCAUUAAAUAGAGAGCUCUUUCAGGAAAGAGUUGCUCUUAUAAGUCAUUGGUUUGACCUCUGGACUAACAAGCAACGUCAAGAAUUCUUAUUCACGAUUUUUUUACGAUGCACUAAAUCACAGUUAAGGAUUGUCCAAGAGUGGUUUUCGGAAAGGAUGCAAAUGGCCAAAGUGGAUUUCUCUACGGUGUUACCGCGCUUCAUUUCUCUAUAUAUCUUUUCCUUUCUGAAUCCAAAAGAUUUGUGUGCAGCUGCACAAGUCAGCUGGGCCUGGAAGUUUUUAACUGAACAGGACUGCUUAUGGAUGCCCAAAUGCAUUAGGUUUGGGUGGUUUCUGCCCUAUACUCCAACAGAUAAUGAGUAUGGUGCUUGGAAGCAUCAUUACAUUGCUUGUGUGUCCAACUUAGAUUGGCCAAUCCCUAGGGAAGCUACUGCUAUGUAUGGGACCUUGAAUGAACCCAGAAGAGAAGAUGAGGAGCUACAGGAGAGACAAAGAGAAAAGCGCCUACGAAAAAUAAUUUGGGAGAAAAUUGCGCUACGUAAAAAGGAGUUAUUUAAAGUUCGACCCCCUUGGGCGAGCGGAACGUGCUGCUCUAGAUUGUUAAAAUCCAAAUGCCAGCCACGUCUGUCCCAGACUGUGAGGGAUCGAGUGGGAUUACAUGAAGCUUUGGAGAAACAGCUUGUUUUGGCAUCCUUAGAAGCUUUGCCCAAGCGAAGCAAUGUUUCUGGAAGCCAUUCCUAUCCUUUGUUAUCAAAGAAAACUUGGCAUGGUGUUCAUAAAAAUGAUGACAGCAGUUCAUAUGCUUCCCAGCUCCACAUCAUAUUAAUAUCAUCUCGGAUUCCUGCAUAUGAGAUAGUAGUGGACAGCAUUAAGGCAGGUAUCAUUUCUCUGGUGUAUGAACACUGUGGCUUAACCUUGGAGAGCCUGCUUUAUCUCAUAGAAAAAGCUCUGGAUGGACGGAAGGCACAGAGUAUGGGGAUAUUCAGUGAAGGAAAUAGCAGAGAAAUCAAUUUACUCCAAGGUUAUAAAAUUGGUAUUAAAAAUUUAUUGAGGCCUGAAGUGAGAGACUUCUGGGAGAAAUUAGGAAGCUACGUGGCUCCUGAACAAGAAGGGGGUCAUGUGGACCUCUUUGUACCACUCGGAGCAUCCGAGGCAGGAAUAGAAGUUCUUUCUCAGCUGUCUCAGCUAACUGGCACGUUCUUUACUGCCCCCACUGGGAUUGCAACUGGCUCUUACCAACACAUUCUCAGUGAUUGGCUGGGACGACCGUGGGAAAGGGAUCCCUUUGGCAUCUACUUCAGUGAGUCAAAGCUGCAGAUGUGGUCCAGCCUCACGGACUUUCUGGAAGACACCUUGAAAUCAGUAAGGAAACAGUUAAGUCCUCUCUUCAAGGAGUUGCAAAAGAACAUCAGCGCCAAGAUAAUAGGGCAAUUCAUGUUUGACCACAUGAGUGUGGCUAACAUUCUGAAUAACCAAGAAAUUGCACAAGCUCUGGCAGAUGGAUUGAUGGAACUUUCAAAAGAAAAUUCCGAAAGAAAUGUUAGAGAAGACAACCCUCAGGACGCAAAAUCAAGUCUCAGCAAAGACGAUCUAAAUUUUGAGACGCUGGUUAAGCUGGAGAGAAAGCUCCAGAUGGACUCGGCUGGAAAGCGAACGGGGGUUGUCAGGGAACUCUUACGGAGUGAGAGAAAAUAUGUACAGAUGCUGGAAACGGUGAGAGAGGUCUACGCAGCACCACUGCAAGCAGCCCUGUCAUCAAAUAGAGCGAUUCUGAGUGCUGCAAAUAUCCGGAUCAUUUUCUCCGACGUUUUGCGGAUUCUAAGUCUCAACAGGCAGUUUCUAGACCACCUGAGAGACAGACUGCAGGAAUGGGGCCCGGCCCACGGCGUGGGGGAAAUAUUCCUAAAGUUUGGAAGCCAGUUGAACAUAUAUACCAAUUUCUUCAACAAUUACCCGGUUGUUCUGAAAACUAUGGAGAAGUGCAGAGAAACGAUACCAGCAUUCCGAGCUUUCCUGAAGAGGCAUGAUAAGACCGUUGCUACCAAAAUGCUGAGCCUCCCGGAGCUGCUCUUACACCCAUCCAGAAGAUUUGAAGAAUAUAUUAAUCUUCUGUACGCUCUGAGGCUUCAUACUCCUGCAGAACAUGUUGACCGUGGGGACUUGACCGCUGCGAUUGACCAAGUCAAAAACUAUAAACGUUAUAUAGAUCAGAUGAAGCAAAACAUCGGUAUGAGAGAUCAGCUGUCAGACGUACAGAGAAUCGUCAGGGGAUGCCCGACUCUAUCAGAGGAAAACAGAUAUCUGAUUAGGGUCCAAGAUGUAGCCCAGCUUCACUGCUGUGAUGAGGCAGUAAGUUUCUCUUUAAGGACCUAUGAACACACCCGUGAUCUCAGUCUUUUUCUCUUCAAUGAUGCACUACUUGUUUCGAGUCGGGGCACAUCUCAUACUCCGUUUGAAAGGACUUCAAAAUCAACCUACCAGUUCAUUGCGUCGGUGGCUCUUCAUAGGUUACUUGUAGAGGAUAUUCCAGAUUCCAAAUAUAUCAGGAAUGCAUUUAUUGUUCAAGGUCCAAAACGUGAAUGGAUUUGUGCUACAGAGGCUGGGGACGACAAAUUCCUAUGGUUGUCAGCACUCCAACAUGCCAUCAAAAGCAGUUUGGACAAGUGA